UAAAAAGAGCAUCAAAAGUAGGAGAGGGGAAAGAGGAAUUACAGGGCAGAGCUGAGAAAAGACAAAGGGGCAGGAGAAGGAGAGCCAAAACUGAUCAAGAGUCAGAAAGAAGAGAGAGGGAUGAGGAAGAGCAGGCUGAAAUAAAAAGUGGUAAGGUGGCAAAAACAAGGAAGAAUAUCAAAAAUGAAAAAACAAGACAAAUGGAGCAGGAGAAGGGAGAAACUGGAGAGACAAAUGAGAAGGGAAAAAAGAAGCAUGGAAGUGCCAAAAAAGAAGAAAAAGAAGAGGAUGAAGGUAAACACACAGUAAAGGAGGAAGCACAGGAAGUGAAGAAGAAAAAGCACAAGAAAGUAAUUGUUACAAGUUCAGAGCCGGAGACGAGUGAGGCAGAUGACCACGAGGAUGAUGACAAUGAGGAGACAGAGGUGAGGCCAGAGUCUCUGUCACCUGAAGAACUGGAGAAGCUGAAGGAGGCGAUGGAUGAGAGGAAGAAACUGAUCCAGAGUCUGAGGGGCAAACCCUGGCCAAUGAAACAGAAACUAGACACUUUACGGGAGUCUCAAGAGUUUGUGGAGAAACAUGAGGGAGCUUUGGGGAAAGGGAGGGGCAGAAAACUCUAUGCUUACAAGGUCAUGAUGACCAAGAAAUGGAUGAAGUUCCAACGGGACUUUGAAAACUUCAAAACUGCCUGCAUUCCCUGGGAGAUGAAAAUUAAGGAGAUAGAAAGUCAUUUUGGCUCCUCAGUUGCCUCUUAUUUUAUCUUCCUGAGGUGGAUGUAUGGCAUCAACAUGAUCUUAUUUGGUCUGACCUUUGGCCUGGUUAUGGUGCCAGAGGCAUUAAUGGGGAAGUCAUAUGGCAGCAUUCCAAGGAAGACUGUCCCCAGAGCCGAGGAAGCCAGUGCCAUGGACUUUGCCGUCUUAUGGGACUUUGGGGGUUAUGCUCAGUAUUCAGUCCUCUUCUAUGGUUACUACAACAACCAGCGUGCCAUUGGCUGGCUCAAGUUUCGCAUGCCUUUGUCGUACUUCCUGGUUGGCGUGGGUACAGUGGCAUAUAGCUAUAUGGUGGUCAUAAGAACGAUGGCCCGUAAUGCAAAUGAGUCUGGGAUUGGAGAUGACAACAGCUUUAAUUUCAGCUGGAAAAUGUUCACCAGCUGGGACUACCUGAUAGGAAACCCUGAAACUGCAGAUAAUAAGUUUGCCUCCAUCACCACCAGUUUCAAGGAGGCAAUCUUAGAGGAGCAAGAGAGUCUAAAGGAUGACAAUAUCCAUCUGACUCGUUUCCUGCGGGUGCUGGCCAACUUCUUGGUAUUGUGCUGCUUAGCGGGAAGUGGAUAUUUAAUCUACUUUGUAGUGCGCCGCUCUCAGAAGUUUACCCUAGAUGGACUGGAGAAUCACACUUGGUGGGAAAGGAAUGAGGUUAACAUGGUCAUGUCUUUACUGGGGAUGUUCUGCCCCAUGCUCUUUGAUGUCAUCAGCACCCUGGAGAACUACCACCCUCGUGUCGCCCUGCAGUGGCAGCUGGGUCGCAUCUUUGCCCUCUUCCUGGGAAAUCUCUACACCUUCAUCAUUGCACUCAUGGAUGAAAUCAACAUCAAAAGGGAAGAGGAAAAUAUUGUGAAGUUUAAUAUAACCAUGUGGGAAGCCAGCCUUUACAAUGGCACAUUAAUGGAAAACAGCACUGCUCCACCCUUCACUAUCCACCCUGCUGAUGUGCCCAGAGGACCCUGCUGGGAGACCAUGGUGGGGCAGGAGUUUGUCCGGCUGAUCAUAUCUGAUACCAUGAUGACCUACAUCACACUACUGAUAGGUGAUUUCUUGAGAGCCGUGCUUGUCCGUUUUCUCAACAACUGCUGGUGUUGGGACCUUGAAGCUGGAUUUCCAUCCUACUCUGAGUUUGAUGUCAGUGGGAAUGUCCUUGGCCUGAUCUUCAAUCAGGGAAUGAUAUGGAUGGGUGCAUUUUAUGCCCCCUGCUUGCCUGCUCUGAACGUCCUACGGCUCCAUGUGUCCAUGUACCUGCAGUGCUGGGCUGUGAUGUGCUGUAAUGUGCCACAGGAAAGAGUUUUCAAGGCCUCUGGUUCCAAUAACUUCUAUAUGGCCAUGUUGCUCGUCAUCCUCUUCCUGUCCACUCUGCCUGCCAUCUACACCAUUGUCACCAUCCCCCCAUCCUUUGACUGUGGACCCUUCAGUGGGAAAAAACGAAUGUUUGAUGUGAUCCAUGAGACACUUGAGUCUGACUUCCCCGUCUGGUUUAGUAAAGUGUUCAGCUAUGCCUCUAACCCUGGACUGGUGCUACCCUUCAUAUUACUUAUGGCACUGGCCAUUUAUUACUUGCAAUCUACAGCCAAAAGCUACAAAGAAGCUAAUGUGGAACUGAAGAAAAAAGUACAAAUGCAAAAUGAAGAAAACAAGAAGAAAAACAAAAGGGCAGCACUGAAAGCACAACUGGAUCUAGAGGAGGCCAGAAAAGCAGCAUCGCAGGCUGCAGAGCAACAAAAGAACAAUGCUUCACCACAUGACCAGGAGGCAAAUGUGGACAAUGGUGUUAGUCAGAUACUGCAUCAUGGUAAGAAUGGAAGCAACCCUCCUCCUCCUGUUAGAGGUCAAGAAUGCUACCUUCCAGCCCCUGUCCCCAGAACCAAUCACCGUGGCAUCCAUGGGGCAACUGGUUACCGGCCUGGUUGCCCUCAACAAAGUGAAACCAGGAUGUACAGGGUACCAAGCCUGCAGAGACACUGAGGGAGUGUGACUCAAAG